CUAGGGGGCAGCAGAGCUCCACCGAUGACGGAGGAACGUAAAGGUCGUAAACUUUGCGUCUCUUUUGCGGCGGGCCGGAAAGUGAAGCAGUUUCUGUGGAAGCGCAGAAAACGUUUGGGAGCCAUGCCGUUGAUUGAUCUCCAGGAAAAGAUAGGUAUCAAUAUUGACAAAUGGCUGCUGGUCCAAAGUGGUGUACAACCCAACGGACGUGCAGCUCGUUGCCAUGUAUUUGAGAAGGAGUGGAUCGAAUGUGCACAUGGAAUUGGGAAGACCAGAGCCAUAAAGGAGUGUAAACUGGAACUGGACGAUUUCCAUGAAUGUUUGCAGCGUCGGAAAUUGCAAAAGAGGCUGCAUGAUAUCAGAAUGCAAAAGGAAAAGCUGAUGAAGGAGGGCAAGUACACUCCUCCAGACCACCACACUGGCAAUGAAGAGCAACGUCCAUAAUUGCUGCCCUCGCUUCAUCACAUUGGCAAGAGCAAACAUCAGUGCAGAUCCUCCCAACAGUUGCAACUAAAGACUGAAAUAUUGCUGUUGGUCUGCUAAAGAUUAUCAUGGAAGCUGGUGUGCCAUAUGUACUAGUUUAGUUAUGGGUGUGGCCGUUCACUGGCAAUAAAUCUGUAUAAUUUACCAUCAGAGGAUUAAAUUCAAAUUAAUAUGA